UGAGGAAACGCCGCAGCCCAAAAUAAAAAAGCCCUCUUUGGAAGCUCACACAUCUCAGCAACACGCGACGAAGACGACGGAGCAGCCCUAGAUCGAGCUGUAGCCAUGUUUAGGAACCAGUACGAUACCGAUGUCACGACGUGGAGCCCCGCCGGAAGGCUCUUCCAGGUCGAGUACGCCAUGGAAGCCGUCAAGCAGGGAUCAGCGGCGAUCGGCCUCCGUUCCGCCACUCACGCCGUCCUAGCCACCGUAAACAAGGCUAGCUCUGAGCUCUCAUCCGCCCAGCGCAAGGUAUUCAAGAUCGAUGAUCAUAUCGGUGUUGCCAUCGCCGGCCUUACUGCUGAUGGGCGCGUCCUUUCUCGCUACCUCCGCAACGAGUGUAUCAACCACUCGUUUGUCUAUGAGUCGCCGCUUCCUGUUGGUCGCCUCGUCGUCAGACUCGCUGACAAAGCUCAGGUCUGCACGCAACGUUCCUGGAAAAGACCUUAUGGUGUGGGCCUGCUGGUUGCUGGCCUAGAUGAAUCUGGUGCUCACCUCUAUUAUAACUGUCCCAGUGGCAACUACUUUGAAUACCAAGCAUUCGCUAUAGGAUCACGAUCUCAAGCUGCGAAGACCUUCUUAGAACGGAAAUACGGGACUUACUCUAGGGCCUCUUGCGAUGAACUGAUCAAGGAUGCUCUCUUUGCCAUUAAAGAAACAUUGCAAGGUGAGAAAUUAAUGAGCUCGAUCUGCACAGUGGCUGUUGUUGGAGUUGGAGAACCAUUUCAUGUACUUGACCAAAAGACAAUCCAAGAGUUGAUUGAUUCUAUCGAAACUCGAGAGGAAGCUCCCGCAGCCGAACCAGGAGCCAUGCAGGAGGAUCAGGGCCAAGAUGUUGCACCAAUGGAUAUCUGAUUCAAAGGUUGAGUUCCAUGGUACCAUGAGGGAUUGCAUUGUUAGGAUUUUAUUUUUAUGGUCUCAAACUUUCUAAAUCCAUAAUGGCAACUGUUUUAUUGUUUUGUUUAAUCUUUAGGAAUUUACUGAUGAUGUUGUGUUAAUACUAUUUGGGUAAAACUUUGAUGUUGUUCACUUGGAUGAUUUGGUGAACUAUAGACCCAGAUGCAUUUGAAGGAUGAAAGUUAUGUGUUUGUCUCUGUU